ACAUCCCAAGCAUGACUUAUGCCAGUGUUUUCCUCAUCUCCAGAAGUGAGUUAUUCUCGUCAGGAGGACGGCGAGUCCACAAUUUUGAUGAUGGCGGAUGUGAGGAGGUCUAGGAGUCUAUAUCCCCCGAUUGAACAAGAAUGAAAAAGAGAGAGAGAGAGAGAGAGAGAGAGAGAGAGAGGAAAUCAUGGCGGCUGACGUCGAGAUAGGGAAAGCAGAGGAGGUUGCCUCCUGUCGAAAGAAGACGGUAGUGGAGAAGAGGUAUAUAGAAAAUGGGGGAACGGAAAAAGUAGAGUUGUGGGUCCGAGACAAGAGAAGCGGCUGCGGGAGAGGAGAAUGCAUGAAAGGAGUAGAUGCCUACGCUAGCAGUCGUAUUCAUCUAGUGGGAUAGUUAUAAGGGGGUAGCAAGUAUCCGAGAACAACAGAGAAGUCGUUGUCUAGUCAGUCAAGAAGCAUUUUUUAGAUCAUGGGGGGUGGAAACGCGCAGAAGGCUAAGACAGCGAGAGAGAGGAAAAUGGCUCAUCAGAGUGCCAUGGCGCGCAACAAAGGUUCGCAACUUGCGACGAACAAGGCGUCUUUAUCUAUACAGCAUCGCAAAUCUCUGUGUGUGUGUGUGUGUGUGUGUGUGUGUGUGUGUGUGUGUGUGUGUGUGUGUGUGCGUGCGUGUGUGUGUGUUUUGUCUGUGUGUGCGUGUGUGUGUGUGCGAGAGAGAGGAGCAAUUGUUGGUACGAAUCGAUGGAGAGAGAGAGAGAGAGAGGAGCAAUUGUUGGUACGAAUAGAUGGAAGAAGAGAGAGAGAGAGAGAGAGAGAGAGAGGAGCAAUUGUUGGUACGAAUAGAUGGAAGAAGAGAGAGAGAGAGAGAGAGAGAGAGAGGAGCAAUUGUUGGUAGGAUCGAUGGAAGAAGGGAAGUGGCGUGGGAUGAGGCGGUGAGGUGAAGGGCGAUUCGCGAAGAUGGGGUGGUAGGUAGGAAAGAGAACGGGAUGGGAAUGUUUGACCUGCUUUUUUUUUUCUUUUUCCUUUUUAAGAACGGAAAAGGAUGCGCUAUCCGGUGACAUUACUUCGAGAACUAUUACGCAGAGGAUAGUGCAUGCACGGUUGGUGGAGAGGGAAGAAGUGCGUUCUAAUGGUUUAUAUCAUCUUUACAUUACAGAUCAGCGCAUUGAAUA